AUGGCUGCUAAAUUCAACGUUCCUCCCAAAAGUCUAGCCAAUCUUCGGCCUUUCGAAUUGCAUAUCCCGGAAAACGAGGUAGUUGAAUUCAAAAAUCUUCUGAAGCUAUCGAAGAUUGGCCCGGCGACUUGGUGGAAUCAACAAAACAACUCCCAGUUCGGAGUUUCUCGUGAAUGGUUAAUCAAGGCGAAAGAAACAUGGCUCACGAGUUUCGAUUGGCGCAUUCAUGAGGAAUAUGUCAACAAGUUCCCUAAUUUCAAAAUUGCUGUUCAAGAUUUUGAAGUUGGCGAGAUCGAUAUUCAUUUUGCUGCGCUCUUUUCAGCUAAACAUGAUGCCAUUCCCAUCAUCUGCAUGCACGGCUUUCCAUCCUCGUUUGCCGACUUUUUAUCAAUGAUGGAUUUACUAGCCAACAAGUACACUCCUGAAACUUUGCCUUAUCAUAUUAUUGUGCCAUCGUUGCCCGAUUACGGACUAUCAGGUACUCGUACCCCAAAUACGGAGAUGACUUUGGAACGAUCCGCACGCAUCAUGAAUCAACUGAUGAUUGACCUUGGAUUUGGUGGCGGUUAUAUUGCCCAGGGGGGUGAUCUCGGAAGUUUACUUGCUCGUAUCAUGUCUGCUGAAUACGAGACAUGCAAAGCUUUCCACCUUAACAUGCUUGUGCUGGAUCCGGGUCAAGCAUCCCCCUCUUCCGACUCCCUUACUCCCGAAGAAAAACAUCACCUCAAGCGAACAGAAGAAUGGCGUCCAACCGGGAUGGCAUAUGCUCUGGAGCAUGGAACUCGUCCCUCGACGGCUGGUUUGGCCAUCUCAUCUAGCCCACUUGCACUGCUAGCUUGGAUUGGCGAAAAAUUGAUGGAAUGGACAGACCCGCGGAAACCCUUUUCACUGGAUCACAUUUUGGGCACAGUCACCUUAUAUUGGUUUACUGGCACCUUCUCUACAAGUUUGUACCACGCAACAGCCGCAAUGAGGUACCUCUCAAAUACUCCUUUCCCAGUUUCCCAGGAGAAGCCUCUUGGAUACUCAUGGUUUCCAUAUGACCUCGUGGUGUUCCCUCAAGCUUGGGCUCAAGAGGUUUAUCCCAACAUGGUUUUCUACAAAAGCCAUAGUAAAGGAGGUCAUUUUGCCUGCUUAGAACAAGUAGAAGAAUUCCUGGAGGACAUUGAGGCUUUCGUUGAGAAGGUCAGCGAUUCUUUCAAGAAGAAUGUGGAGUAG